CAUGAUUUCUGGUACUAGAGGGAUCAUGGCUUUUCUUCCUUGUAGUACACCUGAUAUUUCCCUCAAUUUUCAAGAUAAUAAUCAUCACCUUCCUUCCACUUCUCCUAAACUAUUUUCUUCUCCUUCUCUUCCUCAUCAAGAUCACUUCAAUCAUGGUGUACCAUCAAUGUUAAUGAGGAGAUCGAUGUCGUUUUCUGGUGUGGAGAGGUGCAAUAAUCAUGUGGAGGAUAAUGAAAUGUCGGAUGAGGAUGGAUCAUCGCAAUUACUAGGGGAGAAGAAGAGGAGGCUUAAUAUGGAACAAGUGAAGGCACUGGAGAGAAGCUUUGAAGUGGCUAAUAAGCUUGACCCUGAGAGGAAAAUACACUUGGCUAGAGCUUUAGGGUUGCAGCCCAGGCAGAUUGCUAUAUGGUUCCAGAAUAGAAGAGCAAGGUGGAAGACUAAGCAAUUGGAAAAAGAUUAUGAGAUCUUGAAAAGACAUUUUGAUUCACUUAAGACUGAUAAUGAUGCACUCAAGGCUCAAAACAAGGAACUUCAUUCCGAGCUGCAGUUAUUAAGUGUGAAGAAGAGAGAAUCAUCAGGCGCAAUAAUUAUGUUUAAUCUAAACAAAGAAAACGAAGGAUGUUGGAGUAAUAACGGAAGUGACGACAACAACAACAACAACAGCAUAGACGUAAAUCUGGGAACAAGGACAUCAUCAGGUGACAGUCCAUUUUACUCCAAGAAUAAUGUUUUUCCACCCGAACCCGGCCCAGUCCCUCUGGCCCAGUUCCUUCAGAGCUCAUCAACACCACCUGAUCAUCUCACCCAUUGCAACAAGAAUAAUAUUGAUCCAACGGCCCAACAUGAAGGAUUCUGCAACAUGUUUACUCCAGUUGAUGAUCAGACCAAUUUUUGGCCAUGGCCAGAGCAGCAACACUUUAAUUAGUUCAUUUAUUUUCUUUAAUAUUAUUAUUAUAUCACCAUCCUUUUGUUCUUAUUCAUAAUAGUUUAAAUUCUUUUGGGUGUAUAGCAAAUCAUGUAACAAUUAUUACCAAUCAGAAAUGGAUUUUCUUUCUUUUUU